UAAAGGGAGCACACAUACUUUAAAAAAUAGUUUGUUGUCGAUCGUUUAUUUUACUACUUCGUUAUAAUUAUGUUUUAGUUACUUGUACUUAUUUUAUACACUAUUUUGACAAUCAAGGUGACUGGCAUCAUAGACAAAAGUAAAAAAGAUUGUGAUAUGGAUUAUGUUUUCUCUGCAUUACAAUUAUCAAGGAUAGAACUGUGUUAUUGAUCCGAAUAAACUACAGAAAUGGAUAGAAUACAAUUAGUUGUGGCAUUCAAUAUAGGGGAAAUUUACACAGGAUACACAUUGUCCACGACAGAACAGUUUUCUGAUGACCCUAUGAAAAUGAAUGGUUUCAACUGGCAGUCGCAAUAUACCAUCAAUGACCUAACUCCUACCUCUAUUAUUCUAAAUUCCAAAAUGGGAUUUCAGAGCUUUGGUUUUGAAGCAGAAGACCAGUACCUGUUUUCCUGUGAAAAUAAAGAAGACUUUUAUUUCUUUCAACAUUUUUUAUGUCAAACAAAUUGGUUUACAGAAACAAACGGUGAUAUUUACGUCAACCCUUCGAACCGUGUCGGACCUGUUCUAUUAAAAACAUUAAUACGUCAUUCAGUUUCUUUUUUAAAAACACAUUUUUUAAAUGAGAUACACAUAUCUCACAUUGUUGAUGAUUUCAUUUUGUGGGUUGUAGUUUAUCCAGAGGGAGAUAAGUUCGACGUAAGAUUAAUAUUACUGGAGGCAUUUCUAAACACUGGUAUCAAUAGAGACAAUAUCGUACUUGUUUGUGAGAGUAAUGCGAUCCAAGCUUUUGCUCGUCACAUUGAACAAUCUAGAAAAUGUGAAACGUCUGGGAUUCAAAAUAAAAGUACAAUUAUAUUGAAUUGUGCCAUGACACAAAUAUGUCCGAAUGUUGCUUUUCAGAAGUAUCCCAAGGUUGCUACAAGUGUUAUUGGCAUAUCCUCGGUUGUCGACGAUAUCGAUUCGAUCAUGAAAAAGCGAAUAGGAUGUUCUAUCUUCACUGGCCUGGAUGAUAUUCGUUCUAAAUACGACUUUUUUUUUACUUAGAUAAAGCACUAGAGAUUAAUGUUUUAAAACAAGCACAUGGUAGUCAUGUUGGUAUGAAACUCCCGCUACCUUUGAUAGAAUAUAUGAGCAAAUAUGUCACAAGGUCCUCCAAUGACGGUUUCAAAUUACGGUCUGAUAUUCUCAAAAUCGAAAUCGCUGUAAUCCACGAAGUUUUUCAAAACGCGAUGUCACCAUUGGUGGAUCAUUUAAAAAAGGAAAUCAAUAUUUUGAAUACAGGAACCAUCCAAAAAGUUAUUCUUGUUGGGGAUUUUUCAAGAUUUAUUAUGACCAAAACAGUGUUUCACGAGAGCUUUCCACAAUUUGAAAUCAUUGUUCCAUCAAAUUCAUACAUGGCAGCCACAAUAGGUGGGACAAUAGCUGGACAUGAAAUACGAUCUGGAAAAUAUGAUAGUCGUAUUCUAUAUGUUCCCAAAAUGUCAAUUGUUGUAACGUCGCAUAGUGAACCUGCGGCACUGAGAUCAUCAUCCAAUUUGAGAAAAUAUAUCGAUGAUAAACUUUCUGUCAAACCAAACAUGGAUACCGAUACAACGAUAGACAAUAUUUCACAUGUAUCAUACUUACCAGAUCCUAUUCGUCCUUCUAAAAUUGCAACAAAGCUUCAAGAUCUCUAUGAGUUUGAGUACGCUGAAAGCCUGGCAGCUUGUAUAGAAAAGGGGUGUGACGAUGCUAAAUCUGAAGAAUUUUUGCUACAGAUUCUUCACGAGGCUUAUGAUGAAUGCAGAAAGCAAGCCCAUACUCAAAUUAACACAAUCACACAGGCGUUUCAUCCCGCCGUCGGGAUAGAUGAUAUUAAAACGUCAUUACCGUCAGAUGUUGUUAAACCAUUGAUAGAGUAUAGACGAAAGAAUGCUUUGCAAUAUCUGCCAAGAUUAAUUAAAUCAUUCUUAGAAACAUUGCCAGAUAAAAUCAACAUUUCUAAUGCUCAGCUGUCAGUCUGCACUCCAUUUAUCGAGAAAGGUAUGGAAUGUUGUUGGCUAAUGUCCGUGACAAAGCCGCCCAUGUUUUUAAAAUUUGAAUGGAACAAGAGUGAACAAAUAGAUUUGACAGAGUUAGAGAUUGAGAGAGGCAACGGAAAGUAUGUUGAGAGCAUGCGUUGGCCUGCGCUGUAUCUUUAUGAAAAUGGUCCUUUGAUGAACAAGGGCGUUGUGAAUGCAAAAUGACAUAAAGUACAAGCCUUGCGUUAUAACUUUUAAAAUUUAACUGUUUUUAGUUGAGAAAUAAAGUAUUGCAUGAGA